AUGAAAUAAAUUAACUGGAAUAAAAUGUGUGCGUAACAAGCUUAGAGUAACAAGUGAUCCAUCAUAAUCAAAUCAAGAGGUCACUGAUCCAAUCCAUAAAUGAACUAGAACCGAUUUCAUUCACCCGUCAACCGUCACCUCCCGUUUCCCGUCAGUCAUAGACUCAGAAAAAUAAGUUUUCAAUUUCAACUUUUCAUUCAUCGUUUGUCAUCGAAGGAUCAUGGUUUAAUACAUUUUUAUUAUGAUUACAGAAAUUCAGUGGAAUUUCCUAUAAUUUUUUACAUAUUAUGAGAGUUUUAUAUAUUUUUUUAGUGUUUAAACUUUAGUGAAAUGUGCUAGUGGACAGUUUUUUGUGUUAAAACAGUUUUAUUUGUGACUUUGCUGAUCUAUUGACAUAUCAUACUGAUAAACGCCAGCCAAAAAUAAGAAGACUGAAUCAUCCAAAUAAAUUAAAAAAAAUAUAACAAAAUAAUGACUAGAUAGGAACAUUCCAGAAUAUGCUACAGGAGUAGCGGUGAAACUGACCGGAAACGCGUGAUGCGCCAUUGUGUCAACAGCACGUGAUAGAAACAAGAUGGCGGAGCUUCCGGCGAUGAGGUCCGAGAAGGAUAAUUUCAUAGACGAAGCGGCGGAGAAGCUUCUAGAACAGAACGAAGUCAUCAUUGUGCCGAGGAAGAAUGACGAGGGAUUGGUUUCUGUGAAAUCGUCCAAAAAAGUGAAACUACCGGACGAUGGCGGCGCGGUGGGCGGCCGGUUCACCAUCGGGCCGGCGCCAGAGCGCGACUGGGAGAUGGUGCCGCCGGACGGCCGGUGGGGCUGGUGCGUGCUCGUAGGUGCGACGUUAGUGAAUAUCCUGAUACCGGGGACGAUCAAGUCUUUCGGCGUGUUGCUGCUGGAGUUCAAUGACCUGUUCCAAGCCAGCGCUUCGGCGUCUUCGGGCAUCAUCGCGCUGUGUUACUUCCUUUACAGCAGUUUAGGUCCUGUGUCCUCCAUACUGUCAGUGAAAUGGUCGUACCGAACUGUCACCCUCAUCGGUGGAUGCUUCGCAGCCUUCGGGAUGAUCUUCAGCAGUUGGGCAUUCUCUAUCAGCUAUUUGUAUUUUAGUUUCGGAGCCAUGGUGGGCACCGGCGCCGGUCUAGCGUUCCCGCCCACCGUGUACAUCGUGACGUCAUACUUCGUCCGGUUACGUGGGCUGGCUAACGGGAUCUGCAUGUCGGGGUCAGCCUUCGGCAGCAUCAUCCUGCCGCCCGUGCUGAGGUACCUGCUCGAGGAGUUCGGCUACCAAGGCGCAGUGCUGAUACUGGGCGGCAUAAUGCUCAACGUGUGGGCGGCGGCAUUGCUCUUCCAGCCCGUGGAAGUUCACAUGGUGAAGAAGUACAAGGAAGUCGAGGAAGAUGAUGAAUGCCCACAGUUGGAACCGUUUAUAGAAGAAGAUCCCAACGAAUUAGAAGAAACAAAUCCAAAAUUAACUCUAACCCCGGAUGACAGCAGCGCAGAGAAAUUCCAAAAUGGCUCCCCACCGAUAUUCAAGCAAAAUUCAAACGCAACGCUCGACGAAAAACAAUCACCUAAAAAUGAUUUCAUCCGCUCGGCUAGUGCUGCCCACGUAUCACAUAUCGAGAAUACCCGGUCUCGGAAAAUAUCGACACCGGUCACUUCGAAACAUGGCCUUCAGCACAUCUCUAGCAAGGUGUCAAAUCAUUUGCCGAGCAAUUUAUCUUUGUUGGAAUCAGUGCCCGAAGGGAAGCCUAGUAGAGUUAAUUCCCAAGAGGCUUUCGGUAAAAAGUUGAUUGUGCCAAAAACGCCAAAGCGAAGUCCAUCUACCUCGAGUUUUCAGUACAUGUCUACGCCUUUCCAUGGUUCAACUUUAUCAGCGUUUGAAAAACCAAGCGAAUUCGCUUCCCAAUUCAGUUUAAAAUCAGUUACUGAUAGUCUAGCGCCCAUAACCUAUUGCUGUGGUUGCAAAAAGAGGCCUAAAGAGGACGAAACGAAAAAAGAGCCGAACAAAUAUUUCGAUGUACAACUAUUAAAAGAUCCUAUAUACUUAGUUAUAUUAAUAUCGAAUUGUACGAGUGCUAUUUCGUAUACAAAUUUCAUUAUACUAGUGCCGUCCUAUGCCCACGAAUGUGGUUUCGAUAAAACUUUGGGAGCGUAUUUGCUAUCGAUAAUAUCGGCGUUGGAUUUAGUCGGCAGAAUUGGUGGAUCAGCGUUAUCAGAUGUAGUUAGUACGCCAAAGAGGUAUUUUUUCAUUACCGGGUUACUUUUGUCUGGUAUUAGUUUGAGUAUGAUACCGUUAGUGUCGACUUAUUCUGCUAUUAGUGCUUUCUGUUGCAUUUUUGGUUUAGCAUCUGGUAUCAACGUUGGUGUCACAGCACUAGUUAUGACCGAAAUGUUGGGAACUGAACGACUUAUGUCAUCUUAUGGUAUUAGCUUGUUUAUGAACGGUAUACUCCAGUUGGUAGGGCCGCUGAUAUGUGGGGCCUGGUUUGAAUAUACAAAAUCCUACAAAUCUCUAUUCGUAACUCUGGGUUUCAUCUUGGUAUUCGGUGCGGCUUUGUGGUCAUUUGUGCCGAUCAUACAUAGCAGGAGAAGAAAAGCUGAGGCGCUAAAAAAUGGCAUUGAUAAGGCGUAAAUAGCCUAAAAUUCAAGAAGACAGUUUAACAUCGGGUAUUAGUGCGAGACAGACGACCGUUUGUGUGUUAACCAUAGAUUUUAACUGUAGAUGUGUCUAGAAAAUAAAAAGAUGACAUUGUUUUGCAUUGAGUUACUAUGUACUAGAGAAGACAUCAUUUGUGGCGAUAUCACCGCAUUCAUAGUCUUGCUAGCUAUGAUGAGCGAAAAACCUAAACACUACGUAAUUCAAGGCAUUACGACGUUUUGAUCGCAUCUUAUAUGCGGCUUAAGUGUCUGUUUGUCGCAUACAGCUUACUGAUUGCUUGCGGAAUUGUAAUAGGGUGAAGUUGCCACAACAUUCAAGUAGUAAUAUUAUAAACAGCCGAUUGGACUGAAAGUUGUAACGGACAAAAAUAUACCUUAGAUGUAAAGGGCAUGUCCCAAUUUUGUAUGGCCUUUAUUCCGAGUGUCAACUAAGCAGAACAAAUUAUUUUUAUCUUAAAAGAACAUAAAAUAUAGGGCUUAACCCCAAAAUAAAAAAAAUUUGGAACCCGCAUUUUUUUUUUAAUUAAUUAAUUAAAAUGUUUUUUUUAUUAGCUGUCAACAUUAAUUAAGAAUUUUUAACUGUUUAAUUUGUAGACAAGGGAGUGAAACAAAAAAAAAUAUUUAUCUGAUUAAUGCAACCCGCAUUAAUUCUAAAAAUAAUUUCCUCAACAGUAAUUUGUAUCUUCUAUCCGUAUAAAAUACUAUUGACCUGCUUAUAAAUUAUAAUAAAUGAAUAAUAAAGGCCCAUUUUGGGACAUGUCCUUUAUGAUUCCCGCAAAGUUUGCGAAAAACUUAAUUUCAUGCUGAUGACCGCUAGUAAUUAAGCAACCUAGCGUUGCGUCUCUCUCUAGUUUAAUAAUUAUGUUUUUAUAUUCUGACAUUCGUUUGGACCGUCUUCUCUGGUACAUAGUGCCAACUCUCAAUUUUGUGUUGAUAUAAUCUGGUACCAGCUUCUUGGUUUCGGUUGGUCACGGCUCUUUUGGCACUUGACUUCAACCAGAAACAAUGUAGAAGCAUAUCUACAAUUAAAAUCUGUGGGUCAAUUUAUUACAAUUGCUUUUACUAUUCAGUAUUAUAAAUAUACCUAAAUCUUUCCAUAACCUCCUCGAAUAAUAAUAACGAAUAUCACAAUGGUGUAUUUAUGUAUUUCGCGCGCAAUUUAAUUCAUAGACAAAUCUAUUUUUUUUUCUUCUUAGUUUUAAGUUUAGGUACUCAAGGCUAGCAUAGUACCUACGUUUGGGUAUCUCGUAUUGCAUUGCAAAAACAGAUUAUAAUUCUUACAAUUCCAAAUGGGCAUUACAUUUACUUAAAUGUUUAUAAUUUACACCAUGCAUAUGGCAAAGCUAGUAAAAUUAUCAUAUUUGGUAGUGAAUAUAUUUCAUACAAAAUAAAAAUUACUCAAUUCGAUUGAAUAGGCUGUAUAAUUACCGACCUUUGCCUGGUCCGAUAUAAACAAAUUGGAAAACAACAAGAUUUUUGUAAUGCAAUCAUUGCCUUUAUUAAUUUUUGAAGUAUUUUUCACUAUUAUUAUAUUUUUUACUCUUACUAUUUUCGAAUAAUUUUAAUUUACUAAGCGCUACGUAGCUAAUAUUUAAAUAUUUUAUAAGUUUUAGUAUGUUUAAUUAUUAUUACAUUUUCAGGGUUUUCAGAAUUAAAAAAAUAUAAAUUAAUUCAUCAAAUAAUAUCCAGUGACUAAAAGUUGCAUUUGUAGAACAAAGUUACCCAUAUUAAUUAUAAAGAAAUUAUACAUAAAAAGAAAAAUUUAAUAACCAUUAUGUCCAUACGUUUUCAGGUAAUUUCUUGUCUAUGGUUCUUACAAAGUUUUUUGUAAAUUACUAGAGUUUGGCUAAUGAAUGAAGAAACUAAAAACACCAGCUAAAUUAAAAAAAAAACUGAGUAAAUUCUGAAUAUCUGAUUAUAGUGCAAAUAUUGGAAUAACUGAGUUUAAUACUUAUUUAUAGGUAGACAAACCAGAAAAUAAUUUAUACAGACUAUGAAAACGUAUGUUUUUUUUAAAUUGUUUAAAUGAUUUUUUAAAUUUGGCGGGCGACUUUAUUCUCUACUUUCAUUAGCCAGACUCUAGUAUCUCGUAUUUGAAAUAUUCGGAGGUAUGUAUCAAUUACCUUUAUGCUAGACACAAACGGUCAAUUAUUUUCACGUUUCUGUAGCACCCACGACUAUAAUUGAUCGUGUGUUGGUCACUGCGUACAUAACUUUGACAGCCGCGUGGCGCAGUGGGCAGAGACCCUGCUUUCUGCAUCCACGGCCGUGGGUUCGAUUCCCACAACUGGAAAAUAUUUGUGUGGUGAGCACGGGUGUUUUCCAGUGUCUGUGUGUAUUUAUUCAUUAUAUAAGUAUUUAUACGUAGUAUAUAAUUGUAUAUUAAUAUUAUAAUAUCAACUAUCUUAGCACCCAUAACACAAGCUACUCUGUAUGCUUACUUUGGGGCUAGAUAGUGAUGUGUAUUGUUUAAGUAUAUUUAUUUAUUUAUUUAACUUGUCUAGUAUGCCGCGUGGGUACUGUCGUUUGCUUUUCAGAAACGUGAGAAUAAUAAUUGACCAUCAAUGGCGACCUUUAUACAUAGAUGUAAAACUUUUAUAUAAUAUAGAAUAUUACUAAAAUCAUGCCUUACUAAUAUUAAUCAAAAUCACAUUAACUAUAUAGUAAUGUAUUUUUAAACUCUAAAAUAUAUCAUAGUUAUCUAUAGCUUAUUUUGUAAGUUUAAAUCAUUGCUAAAAUCGAAUAUUUUCAAUUGAACAUAACGAAAUGGCAGCUAGUGGUAAAAUAUUCAAUUUCUAAAAAACUCAAUUCAUAAUUCUUUUAAAUUUCCUUCUUCGAGGCGACUACUCAGUUAAUAACGCACUUUCUAUGAUAUUACUUGUAAAAAAACAAGAUUUUAAAAAUAAAUAUUAAAAUCAAACGCCCGUAUUUUUGGUUUAUAAUCUUCUAUAACUUUAAAUAAUUGCAAAAAAAAUAUUUUCUACCUCAUUUUCCGGAAAUUAUUUCACAAGAAAAAUAUUACGUGAAAAAAAAUCAUCAGAGAAUUUCAUUUAAGAAUUUUAAUUUUAAAACUGCAUUUACUGUCAUUAUCAUAAAUGUUUGAUACUGGAUAUUUUAAUAUUGAUAGUUUAAUUUACAACAUAGACAGAGAAGUAAAUAGACUGCUUGGCGCGCGUAAAGUCAAAUUGACACUGCGACACACUGAGCCGUUCUUUCAUCAGGGUUACCAACUUGGGGGUUUCCCCCCCCCCCAGAUUUAGGGGGUAAAUAAGUGAGGUGGAAUUUUUUAGGGGUCUGAAAUUUUUAGGAGUAUUUUCAGGGAUUUUUUUACUCUUUAAUAUGUAUUUUUAAAUUGAUAAUAUUAAUAUUUCUUGCGACUUAAAUACGUAAUUCUACAACCACUCUGUGAUGACUGGAUGCAAUUUUUAUCCAAUAAAAAAAAAUGUUAAAUUUAUUCAAUGUCAACAUGUAUGAUUUCAAAAAAUCUCAAUCUUCAAAUGAAGACGUAAUAUUUUACGUAUUAAAUAACGACUUUUGAAACACAUUACAGAUAUUUUCUAAAUCAUUAUGAUUUUUUUUGAGGGGGACAAUUCAAUAAUUAAGGCUUAAGGUUAGGGGUUUUUGACACAAACACGUAUCCUGUCGUCUUAGCUGGUUUAUUUUCAGAGUUUUUACGCUGUGGCUUUCUUAAGAAGUGGUUGUCUAUUUACUACUUUGUCUACUUACUUUUCAUUGCGACCUCAUGUAUUUCACCCCAUAGACGUAUUGAGCUGCCUAGUGUAAUUUAUAUGACACAGAGAUAGAGCAUAAAGCAUAGGUACCUUGAUAUACCUGGGAUUUUAUUAUUAUCACAAUUAGAAUAGAAUUUGGUCCAGUGUACUUACUUACUAUGAAAAAUAUUAAUGGUUUAAUGUACGUACAUUCAUUUUGAGAAGUGUUAUUUUAUUAGUUAAAUUUACUAAUAAAUGUACUAUAUGUAUACUAUACUAUAUCACGCAAUAUAUUAAUUAAUAUAAAUCAUGUAAACUUAUAUUUUAAGCAAUCUUAAUGCCAGCAGCAUUGUUCUCAUUUGGAGGAUACCUAUAAAGUUAUAAAUUCCUCUGACAUGACAACAAGGUUGACAUAGACAAUAUAGAUUAGUCAUCGAUCGUAGAUCGUUAGAUGGGCCUCAAAGCGUCGCGGGAUUGUCAUUGGUUUCGAAUAUUGAGUCAUCGUCGUCGUCAUCACUCGUAACAUAUUUCUCUUUAUUCAUGUUGUUGCUUGUAUUUUUACACUUCCAAUAUGAACAUGGAAGCAUAAUUAAGGAAUUAAAAUAAAAAAAAACAGUAAAUAUUUUUUUAAGUUCACGUCCACUCACAGCAUGCGCUUGUUACGUACUAAGAUAAGAUGUGCGUGCACGUCUUUGGGUAAUGAAAAUUGUUCUUUCUUUAGUAUGGAGGGGCCCAUCUAACAAUUUAUAUCGAUGAGAUUAGUUACAUCUCUUAACAAACCGUGGACAGAGUAUUUCUUUUUCUACGAUACAAAUGUUCUAACGCUUACUAGAUUUAAACAAACGAAUUAAACUUGAUAAAUACGUUUAAUUUUGUAGGUGCUAUAAAUAGAUCACAAUUAUUCCAAUGUAGUAAUAGUUUUAUGAUAAAAUAGUAUAAUUAACUUAUAAUUAGUAGGUAUUACUAAUAAAGUAACACUGGAAUUUAGUUAAUUAAUCAUUAAGUUACGGGCUAUGUAUGUAUUUAACUAUAAUUUAGGAAAACGAUUAAAAAGUUUUGAUGAAAUUUUUGAGCGUCGAAGUAUUUAAUCUUAUCAGAAGAAA